CGGCUCAGAUCGUUAGAGAGCUUAGGAUCUUGCUGGAAGGAGGAGUGUGGAGUGUGUUCCUGGAUAAGCAUUGAUUUCCAGUGCAGCGCUGAAGGCAUCUGCUCAUUGAGAAAACCUUCUGAUCAUCUGAAGACCAGUCUGAUCAACUGGAGAACUGUAUGACCAUUAGGAACAAUCUGAGGCUUCGUAUGAGAGACUGAUCCUAAAAAAGACAGACUUCUCUGCAGGCUAAGACCAAGCAAAACUUUUCGCAGCCUAAGACCAAGCAAAACUUUUCGCAGUCUAAGACCAAGCAAAACUUUUCGCAGUCUAAGACCAAGCCAAUCUUCUCUGCAGUCUAAGAUCAAGCAAAACUUUUCGCAGUCUAAGACCAAGCCAAUCUUCUCUGCAGUCUAAGACCAAGCAAAACCUUUCGCAGUCUAAGACCAAGCCAAUCUUCUCUGCAGUCUAAGACCAAGCAAAACUUUUCGCAGUCUAAGACCAGCCAAUCUUCUCUGCAGUCUAAGAUCAAGGCCAAAUUCACUGCAGAUUAAGACCAAGGGUCCAGCAUGUCUAUCUCAGUGUCCAACCCCGGUACCGUGCGUUUGGUCUUCAUGGGAGCUGCCGGUGUGGGCAAGACAGCUCUGAUCCAGCGACUUAUGUGCGACCACUUUGAGCAAAGGCACCAGCGUACAGUGGAAGAGGUAUACUGCCUAGAGCCAGACCCAGAGCUCCUCCGGCUCCGUCUAGAGAUCAUGGACACCAGCGGCAGUUACUCUUUCCCAGCCAUGCAGAAGCUGCGCAUCCAGCAAGGGGAUGCCUUCGCCCUGGUCUUCUCCCUGGCUGACCUGGAGUCUUUCCAGGAGGUCGAGCGGCUGCGGCAAGAGAUCCUGAGGAUCAAGGGGGAGACCGGCGUGCCCAUAGUGGUGGUGGGCAACCAAACUGACCGCUUCCCAGGACUGGAAUGGGAGACCGGGCAGCUGAUGGCGGUGCAGGCUGCCGCCACGGCCGAGCUAGAGUGGGACUGCGGCUACGUGGAGACCUCGGCCAAGGUCAACCACAAAGUGCAGGACGUGUUCGAGGAGCUGCUCCGCAGGGUCAACCUUCCUUUUCUGUUGAGCCCCGCGCUGGAGAGGCGAAGAGCCAGUGCGCAGCCUGAGCCCAGGAAAAAGCAUCCGCGCAGGAAGCAGCAGAACUGUAUCCUGUCCUAGAGGGCUACUUAGACCCAAGAACUGACAAUCAGGUGACGACGUUGCAGUCACUGGCUGCUCCUGAGCGUAAUUCUGACGCAGGUCUUCAGGCAACUUGCAUGCACUCCUGCUGUUGUGCCAUAGAGAACUCUUUAGGCAAUCUGGGACUUGUAGUUCCACAGCAGCUAGCAAACAUCUGGUGCUGGGCAUGUUCUGAGACUGCAUAAUGGACCCGAGGGGUGUUCAGGACUAAAAUAAGACAGGCAUUGUAUUGAGAUGGACAGUGAAGUAAAUGAAUCUCUUCUGAUGGGAUGAAAGAACAGAGAAUGCUGCUUUUUAGUUAUAUUAUUAGAUUCCAAUUCAUUAUUCUAUCUCAUCCUGCACAAUGGAAAAAAAAGCCUGGGACUGUCAAGUGACAUAAAACUGCCAGCAUGCUGGUAAAUCUAUAUGACUGAUACAAUAGAGUUGUUGCAUUCUUUUCUGUUUGCAAAGAUGAUCACAUUAGGUGCUCAAAUCUUUAUUAUAUUUUCAAUAAAAUGUCUUUGGUGACCUUAGAACUGA